AAAAAAAAAAGGAAAUAAACGAAGAUUCAUACAUCUUCCUACCCUUAUCAUUUCCCAUCAACCCUUCCUUUGAUAGAAAUACCCCUACUACGUCAGUGCUCCUCGGUACCUACAGGUCAGGUACCACCACUAUCCGAGCGACCUACGUAAUUAAUCUAUUUGCUUGCCCCUCCUCCGAACCUUGCUCAGCUCGUUCACCUAUUCCGACUUGUGACCGGUUUUUCGACAGACUAAGCGCCGUCAAAGGGUUAAAGCGCGCAACAUGGCGGACGUGGAAAUGAAAGAAGCCGGCUCUGCCGCCGCUGUCAAAGCAAAGGGAUCGUCGAAAGCUUCCGAAGGUGCCAGUGACGGCAAGAAGAAGUUUGAGGUUAAGAAGUGGAACGCGGUCGCUCUGUGGGCGUGGGAUAUUGUCGUCGACAACUGCGCAAUCUGCCGUAAUCACAUCAUGGAUCUCUGUAUCGAGUGCCAGGCCAACCAAGGUUCGUCUACAACUGAAGAGUGUACAGUUGCUUGGGGUAUCUGCAACCAUGCGUUCCACUUCCACUGCAUCUCGCGGUGGCUGAAAACCCGUCAAGUUUGUCCCCUCGACAAUAGGGACUGGGAGUUCCAGAAGUACGGCCGGUAAACGCGUGUGCGAAGAUCGCAGGGUUCGAAUACGGGCGGAUCAUCUUCUAUGUCUUACAAUAUCCCCUAUAAGGUAGAACCGGAAGGGAGGGCUUUCUAUGGCGUUUGUGGUUCAUUUCGCAGUUCUCAGCAGCGGCUUUCAAAAUUAUCGAUGCAGGUUUUGUUUGUGCACACGCAAGCGGACAAGUUGUGAUUGAUUCAGGAUAUUAAAUAGACAUGUCCAAGGUCCGCGACUCCUUGUAUCACGCAACCUUAACUCCAUCUACCACAAUACCUGCACCACCUCCCACGCCCGUCGUCAAGGGAACAAGCCAUUUCUCGGGAUUCUUAUUGUACAUAGGCCAAGGCGGAAUUACGGCCAACCCAGUUAUUAACGUGCCGGCCAAUCCGACCCAGAGUGUUAGAUGGAUAUCCUGGAAGAUGUAUCCAACAAUGAAAGCAACGGC